GAUCCCAAAUAUUUUAUUUUAUACAAAUCCCAAGAGGUGAUUUGCAGAGCUAGCUUGUAAUCCUCUGUAGCAGUUGUUUCAAACAAAGUGAUUAUGGAAGACGACGUUGUUAGAGGCAUAGUUCCUGGCAACCUCGAGGGUAAGUAUCCUGCUAUGCUGGUUUGUUUUCUUCUUGGAAAUGGGUGCCUCUUUUCAUGGAAUAGUAUGCUCACCAUAGAAGAUUACUAUGGUUAUCUCCGAUACCACUCCUCAAGGGUUCUUACUCUUGUGUAUCAGCCAUUUGCAUUUGCAACACUUGCAAUUCUUGCAUAUCAUGAGGCAAAACUGAAUACCAGAAAAAGGAAUCUAUUUGGAUAUGUCCUAUUUUUCAUGAGUUCUGUUCUUGUUUUAGUUUUGGAUUUGGCUACAUCGGGAGGAGGAGGCAUUGGAACUUUUAUUGGAAUUUGUGUUGUUAGUGGUUUAUUUGGAAUUGCAGAUGCUCAUGUGCAAGGUGGAAUGAUUGGAGACCUCUCCUUCAUGCAACCUGAAUUUCUGCAGUCAUUCCUUGCUGGUCUGGCAGCAUCAGGGACUUUAACCUCUGGUUUGAGGUUAAUUACAAAAGCAGCAUUUCAGAAUUCGAAGGAUGGUCUUCGCAAGGGAGCUAUUCUAUUUUUUGCCAUCUCUGCAUUUUUCGAGCUGCUUUGUGUAAUUCUCUAUGCUUAUGCCUUCCCAAAAUUACCGAUUGUGAAGUACUACCGCUCAAAGGCAGCAUUAGAAGGUUCAAAAACUGUUUCAGCUGAUCUUGCUGCUGGUGGAAUUAGAGCAUUACCACAAAAACAAGCUGAGGAGGAUCCAGAACAAUUAAAGCGGCUAAGCAACAAAGAGUUGUUACUAGAGAACAUUGACUAUGCAUUUGAUUUGUUUCUGAUAUAUGUGCUCACAUUGUCUAUUUUCCCUGGAUUCUUAUCUGAAGAUACUGGAUCGCAUAGUUUGGGUGAAUGGUAUGCCCUGGUUUUGAUAGCAAUGUAUAAUGUUUGGGAUUUUAUUGGGAGGAACAUUCCACUCAUGAAAUCAUUGAAGCUGGAGUCACGAAAAAUUCUCAUGUUCGCCAUUCUCUCUCGUUUUUCGCUCAUUCCAGCAUUCUAUUUCACAGCCAAGUAUGCAGAUCAGGGCUGGAUGAUUAUGCUAACUUCCUUUUUAGGAUUAACCAAUGGCUAUCUCACUGUCUGUGUCCUUACUUCUGCUCCAAAAGGUUACAAGGGACCAGAGCAAAAUGCAUUGGGAAAUUUGCUUACCUUAUUUCUUCUUGGUGGGAUAUUUGCUGGGGUUACCCUUGACUGGUUGUGGCUGAUAGGCAAAGGAUGGUGACUUUCUUAGGAAAAGAAAUUUUCUGUCUAUUUACAACAUUGUAAUUUCUGAUUGAGAUGGUGAUAGAAAACAAAAGCCAUCUAUCUGAAAUUGGUGGAAUAAUUGACGAAAUGAAUCUUUUUUCCUUGGGAAAUUACAGAGUAGAUUGUUUUC